AUGUUGUCGACAUGUACAGCUUCCCAGGCGGCGAGGGACCCAGCCGUUCGACGGCCCGUCCUGCAUCACAAAGGCGACAUGCGCGAGCACACCGUCGUUACAACGCGUGAAUUAAAUAAAGCCACGCAGCGGGGCCACGCUUUGCUUCUCGCCGCUCGAUCCCGGCGUCGGACCUUGAACUGCGGCGUCUCGGUCAAGGCACGAUGA